AUGGAUCUGGAUCCUUCUGCCAAGUGUGAACAAGGGCGACUUCAAGAAGACCCUCCUGCUGGUAUUAGUGCAGCUCCCACUGACAACAAUAUCUUGAUCUGGAAUGCUGUGAUAUUUGGGCCUCAUGACACUCCUUUUGAGGAUGGAACUUUCAAGCUUACAAUGGAAUUCACAGAAGAAUAUCCCAAUAAGCCCCCCAAUGUACGAUUUGUCUCCAAGAUGUUCCACCCAAAUGUUUAUGCAGAUGGGGGGAUUUGCUUAGAUAUUUUACAGAACCGGUGGAGCCCAACAUAUGAUGUCUCUGCCAUCCUCACUUCAAUCCAGUCUUUGCUGGAUGAACCAAAUCCCAACUCCCCAGCCAACUCUUUGGCUGCUCAGCUGUAUCAAGAAAACAGACGUGAAUAUGAGAAGCGUGUGGCUGCUAUUGUGGAGCAGUCUUGGUUGCACUUUGCUGAUGAAGAGAGCACUGAGGAGGAGAAGAAACAGGACACUGAAGGAAACUCUUAACAAUUGCCUUUACUUCUCUUUUGUUAAUGGAGUGUGUGCAACGCUCAGUAAUCCUGAACAUGCUGAAGAAUUGUAGCUGAGACUUUCUGUCUUUCCAGAAAAAAGAAAAGGAAACUUCUUUCACCCUACUGUUGUGAUUUUAGAAGUAGGUGAAUUUGGUCUGGGGAGUUGCUGGCAUUUUUCUCACUCCCCUUCUUUGCAACUGCUUUUCCCUAUGUUAAUGCAUCUUUAUUGCACUAAUAUGCUUCUUGCUUUCUGAGGUUAUUUCAUUCAGUUACCGAUUUUCUUUGGUUGCACAAGUGCGAUUAUUUCAAAACAGCAGAAAAUGUCAACCUUGAGGGUUUGUUUAAAAUAUUUUAGGGUUCCUGCUCAAUGUCCUUUCCUCUCAGUUGCCUUUGGAACAUGAAUUGUGGUGGAGCAAAAAACUUUGGAAAGUCAGGAAAAUCCUGAGCGGUGAGCUGUUGUAUUGUUCAAAGCAUUGUUUCAGUUGGCUGAAUUGGUGUUGAUCUACAUAUCCACAGGAAUGCUUAAGAAGUAGAAUUGAAUUCCUGAAGGAGUAACUUCUUGCCUGUGACUGUGUGAUUGGCUUACAGCUCCUUUGAUUCAAUCCCAGUGACUCACUCUUCACACUGAGAGUGAUCAAGAUGCUUAAUGGUGAGCUUUUGCUUUUGAAGUCACAUAGGACAGUAUUACUAAUUCUUCUCUUGACAAAGAAGGGAAGGAAUGUUUGCUGAGAGUCGUGAAAUGAUCGAAGCAAAGAGCACGAGAAGAUUGUAUUAUUUUUGUGCUCCUCACCAACUUUCACAUGAGUGACAAACUGCCAGCAUGUGAUCAAUUCUGCCUACUUCUGGGCUUCACCUUGGGACAUGUCUCUCCCCUCAUCUUUUGCUCCACCUUGCAAUUAGUUUCCAUUUGGUUUUGUAUGUGAUUUCUCAUCAUUGCACUAGAUAUAUAAUUGUACAGUGAGGAAAGAAAUUAUUGCUGUGGUAUAAUAAAAGUUGCAGUUGCAGCAUCA